AUGUGGGACUUAGCGAAAAUGUUUGGAGCAGCAUUAGUUUUCGCGGAACAUCGUUACUACGGCGACACGUUACCUUAUGGCAAUAGAAGCUACAAGGAUGUUACCAAACUUGGUUACCUUAACUCAAUACAAGCAUUAGCUGACUUCGCCGACUUGGUUCCAUACAUCAAGUCAAGUGUGCUUAACUGUUCGGCUUCCACACCCGUAAUUGCCUUUGGCGGAUCCUAUGGAGGAAUGCUAGCAGCAUGGAUGCGUAUGAAAUACCCACAUGUUGUCAACGGUGCUUGGUCAGCCUCAGCACCUCUUUUAUACUUUAAAGGUGGUAACAUCAGUUCUGGAGCCUUUUAUAAAGUUACCACUCAAACAUUCCUUAAUUCCGGUUGUUCCACUGAAGCAAUAUCGAAAGGCUGGUCGGCUGUAAGGAGUUUGGCAAAAACAGGUUAUUAUCUGUUCAUUUUUUUUUCAGCUAAAGGUCGGAAUUUUUUAAAUAAUUUGUUUCGCUUAAACGAGGUAUCAAAAAUAACCAAACCAGAGGACGCUGAAAAUAUAGUUGAGUUUGUAAGAGAAGCAAUUGAAUAUUUAGCUAUGGUAGACUAUCCAUAUGCGUCUGAUUUCCUAAAGCCAUUACCAGCGUGGCCAGUCAAGGAAUUUUGCAAACACGUCACCAAAACAAGCAACAAUGCAGAAGAGUUAGCUACACAACUGUAUAAUGCUGCCAACGUAUAUUACAACUACACUGGUAAAGAAACGAGCUACUGUAUCAAUCCAACCGCGUGUGGGGACACAGCAACUUCGGAACUCGGUUCACCAUUAGGAUGGCCAUGGCAGGCCUGCACAGAACAAAUUCUGAGAAUUUGCGCGAUGGGAGGAGAAAACGACAUGUUUUUUGAUGAGUGUAAAGAUUACGACAUUCAGGAUCUCAAUUACUGCAACUACACCUUUGGAAGUAGAGGAUUUCUGGAGAGUAUGUAUCGACCAGAAGCUGCAACGCACCACUAUGGCAUGAAUUUCGCAGCUGCCAGCAACAUUGUCUUUACCAAUGGGAACCUGGAUCCAUGGUCAAGUGGCGGAGUUUAUCAAAACUCUCCCGGAAUUAGCAAAGCGGCCAAACACGGAGUAUAUACAUUUAAGAUAGAAGGAAGUGCUCAUCACCUUGAUUUACGACAACCUAAUAGCUGUGACCCGCCACCUCUUGUCAACGCACGAUAUCAGGUAGAUCUUUUUCUAAAAAAUAACACUUUACAGAUCGUUAACAUAUUGAAAUGUUUUGCUUAUGGUUGCCCUGAAUUCCCAAAGGCAUAUCCGUUACCACCGAUGGACAGCGCCAUUAAUUCGAACAACUGCUCCGAGAGAAUCCAGCAAUAUCCUUGGGGGCAAGCAAAAGUAAUGUUUGUUCUCAAAAAGUUUUUACAGUAA